AUGCUUCUAAACUCGUUCGUGAAGGCAAAGAAAUGCAAAAAAAACCUAGAUCACAUUUUUUACGAUGAAAAUAUUGUUGGUAAUGUAUGGAUGAUCCAAAUCAAAGGCACCAAAUGCAGUUUCUCCACCAUUCACCCUACUCCGUACCAUUAUCAUGUAAAUGUUCCACAAUUCGAAAUCUCCUUUCCCACCAGCUACUCACUUUUGGAUGAAAUACAUUAUAAUCUUAUUGGAGCUUUACUUGCAUUUAAAGCUUCUAUUGAGAAGUUGGCAGUUGAAGUAGAAAACAAAUUAAAACGUCCUGCGCCAACUCGACCUCCAAACAGGAACCAAAACCAGCCACCGGAACCUACUUGGUUUACACCUCCCCGACAUAACUAUUCCAUUUCAAGAAUUCCGGUAGUUGAAGCCUUUGAUAGUGAUGAAGCUUUUGAUUCCGAUAAUAACAAUGAUGAAAGUGAAAAUGCAGACAAUUUGUGUGGCCAACCGGAUGAGUUUGGCUUUGUUAAAAAAGGUGAACAAUGGUUCAAUGUUAACUCUGAAGAAUACUGGGAUUUGAAUCCUUUUGUUGAUUAG